CUCUUCAUCAUCACCAGAAUCAACAUUAUCGUCUCCUACCUUUUCAACUUUCUCUCUCCCUCUCUCUCUUUCGCUUCUCGAGUUAACUCUUAUUUAGUCUAAAUUGGUAUCUCGAAGCUGAAAGUUGUUGAUAUCUUUUGGCUUUCACUCGCUUGUUGCCACUUUGAGUUGGCAGAAAAGUUAGAUUUUGGUUUGUUGAAGAAGUGCAAAGAGAGAUUAGGCAAUCAUCAUCAUCAUCAUUUUCAUCAUCAUUUUGCCUGGAAUUGACGGUCAUAUUGGAUAAAAAUUUGGAUUUUUUAUUAUCUAUUUUAAAAUAAGUUUACUGUUUGCUGGUUCAAAUUUUUCUAUUCCCGUUUUUCAACAAAAAUGGUUAAGAAAAAGGCUGAUUUAGAUGAUCUCAAGAAAGAACUUGAUGUGGAUGACCAUAUUAUUACACUUGAUGAAUUGUGCUCCAGACUUAAAACUGAUCGAGUUAAAGGGCUGACGGCUGCUCAAGCCAAGGCUGUAUAUGAAAGAGAUGGACCUAAUACGUUAACCCCACCGCCAACAACACCCGAAUGGGUUAAAUUUUGUAAACAGCUUUUCGGAGGAUUUGCGCUUCUUCUUUGGAUUGGUGCAGUUCUAUGUUUCCUGGCUUAUUCCAUCCAAGUUUCAACUACCGAUAAUCCUUCACCUGAUAAUCUCUACCUUGGUUUGGUAUUGGCAGGUGUAGUCAUUGUCACAGGAGUCUUUUCAUACUGCCAAGAGGCCAAAAGUGCUUCAAUCAUGGACUCGUUCAAAAGUAUGGUUCCUCAAUUUGCAUUAGUCAUUCGAGAUGGUGUAAAGUUGACCAUUCCUUGUGAACAAGUUGUAGUUGGUGAUCUUAUCGAAGUUAAAGGUGGUGACCGUAUACCGGCUGAUCUCAGAAUUGUCGCCGCUCACCAGUGUAAAGUAGAUAACUCUUCAUUGACAGGAGAAUCCGAGCCACAAACAAGGAGUCCAGAGAAGACUCAUGAUAAUCCUCUUGAAACACGUAACUUGGCCUUUUUCUCGACAAAUUGUGUUGAAGGAACAGCUACAGGAAUUGCAAUUCAAACUGGGGAUAGAACAGUUAUGGGUCGUAUUGCUAAUUUAGCUUCCGGUCUUGAGAUGGGUCAAACUCCAAUUGCUAAAGAAAUUGAGCAUUUUAUUCACAUUAUUACCGGGGUUGCCUUCUUCCUUGGAAUCACUUUUUUCAUCAUCGCUCUUGCACUCGAUUAUAACUGGCUUGAUGCGACUAUCUUCUUGAUUGGUAUUAUUGUAGCCAAUGUACCAGAAGGUUUACUUGCCACUGUAACUGUCUGUCUUACUUUGACUGCCAAGAGAAUGGCUUCUAAAAAUUGUCUGGUCAAGAAUUUAGAGGCUGUUGAGACACUUGGUUCAACUUCAACGAUCUGCUCUGAUAAAACUGGUACAUUAACUCAAAACCGUAUGACAGUUGCUCAUAUGUGGUUUGACAAUCAUAUCAUCGAGGCUGACACAACUGAAGAUCAAUCAGGUCUAUCGUAUGACAAGUCAUCUGCUGGAUGGAAAGCUUUGGCUAGAGUAUGUAUGUUGUGCAGCAGAGCUGAUUUCAAAGGAGGACAAGAAAAUGUGCCGAUACUCAAGAGAGAAACCGUUGGUGAUGCAUCUGAAUCUGCUAUUCUCAAGUGUCUAGAGGUAGCAUGUGGUGAUGUUGCUGCUUUCAGAAGAAAGAAUAAAAAAGUUUGCGAAAUUCCUUUCAAUUCAACUAAUAAAUAUCAUGUAACAAUACAUGAGACUGAAGAUCCAAAUGAAGGUUAUCUAUUGUGUAUGAAAGGAGCUCCCGAAAGGAUCUUGGAACGGUGUUCAACCAUCUACAUCAAUGGACAAGAGAAAGUUUUAGAUGAAGAAAUGAAACAAGCAUUCAACUAUGCUUACCUAGAACUUGGCGGUCUGGGUGAAAGAGUUAUCGGUUUCUGUUACUUAACUCUUCCCAAAGACAAAUAUCCUCCUGGAUUCCAAUUUGAUCCAGAUGAAGCAAACUUUCCAUUAGAUGGUCUUAAUUUUGUUGGUCUUGUAUCCAUGAUUGACCCCCCUCGAGCUGCUGUACCAGAUGCUGUCGCUAAAUGUCGAAGUGCUGGUAUUAAAGUUAUUAUGGUCACUGGUGAUCAUCCCAUCACUGCCAAAGCUAUUGCCAAAGCUGUCGGAAUCAUCUCAGAAGGUUCUGAAACUGUUGAUGAUAUUGCUUUAAGAAAGGGUAUACCUGUUGAAGAAGUAAAUCCUAAAGAGGCAAAAGCUGCUGUUAUACAUGGAGGAGAGCUUCGAGACUUUACUCCGGACCAGUUGGAUGAGGUACUCGCAAACCACAGGGAAAUUGUCUUCGCCCGAACAUCUCCUCAACAAAAGUUGAUCAUUGUCGAAGGUUGUCAGCGACAAGGAGCAAUUGUAGCUGUUACUGGUGAUGGUGUAAAUGAUUCUCCCGCUCUUAAGAAAGCCGAUAUUGGUAUUGCUAUGGGUAUCGCUGGUUCAGACGUUAGUAAACAAGCUGCUGAUAUGAUUUUGUUGGAUGAUAACUUCGCUUCUAUCGUGACUGGUGUUGAAGAAGGCCGUCUUAUCUUUGACAAUCUUAAAAAAUCAAUUGCUUACACUUUAUCUAGUAAUAUUCCUGAGAUCUCACCAUUUUUGACUUUCAUCGUCUUCAAUAUACCUCUUCCUCUUGGAGCUGUAACCAUUCUUUGCAUUGAUUUGGGUACUGACAUGGUACCAGCUAUCUCAUUGGCCUAUGAACAAGCUGAAAGUGAUAUCAUGAAACGUCAGCCUCGUGACGCGAAGAAGGAUAAACUUGUAAAUGAAAGACUUAUUUCCAUGUCUUAUGGUCAAAUAGGUACCAUUCAAGCAGCUGCUGGUUUCUUCACUUAUUUUGUGAUAAUGGCAGAAAGUGGUUUCCUUCCAGGUACACUUUUCGGUAUUCGUCAUGAUUGGGAUUCAAAAGCCAUCAAUGAUGUUACCGAUUCAUAUGGUCAAGAAUGGACCUACAAAGCUCGAAAGUCAUUAGAGUAUACUUGCCACACUGCCUUCUUUGUUGCCAUCGUCAUUGUGCAAUGGACUGAUCUGAUUGUCUGUAAAACUAGACGGAAUUCCCUUGUUCAUCAGGGAAUGAAAAAUCACGUUUUGACCUUUGGUAUCUUUUUUGAAACUGCCGUAGCUGCUUUCUUAUCAUACACUCCAGGAAUGGAUGUUGUGCUCAAACUUUAUCCUCUCAAGAUUUCAUGGUGGUUCCCAGCUUUGCCGUUCGCUCUACUGAUUCUCAUUUACGAUGAAUCUCGUAAAUUUAUUAUUAGACGUAGACCUGGAGGAUGGGUUGAAAAAGAGACUUACUACUGAGUUACUCUCGGUGUUGAUCAUUACCAUCAUUUUCAUCAUAAUCAUUACAAUUAUUUUGCUUAAAGUAGCACUGCUCAAAUCACCUCGUCAUUCAUUCAGAGACCACCAUGCUAACCCAUCAAUCAAAUUUAAUUUAAAACAAUAUUAGUAAUGAUUGUUGUGCAAGAGACUCAGCUUAAAAUUUCAGUUGAUAUUAUGCUUUGGUGGAGAAGAAAAAAGUUGCACUUAAAAACUAUGAGCAUUAAUCAAUUAAUCGUUGCAACAAAAACUUUAUCCAAUUUCAAGACUAUGCAAGAAAAUUGUAAUUUUAAUCUUUCUCAUUAUUUUCGUUUCAGAUCAGAAGAUAAAAUAACAACUAAUCAGCUAAGAAAAUACAUUACAAAAAUUCAGAUUUGAGCUUCAAGUGAAAUUUCAUCUCAAUCAACUCCUUCUAUUUCAAACUAUUUAAAAUUAUUACAUUAAUUAUUGUAUUUAAUUUAAAAGUUUAAUGGAUGGUGUCGAUUUAGCAUUUACCAUUUCGUUAUUUAAUCUUUUGCUUUUAUCUACAACUUCCAAAUGUUAGCAUUUCCUUGCAAAUUUUCGUUCUCAGUGAAGCAGAUAAAGCGAAUCCUUGUUUUUUUGAGGUUUUAAUUAUUGUUGUUUGAAAAAAUUAUGAGUAACAAUCUGUUUUUUUUGUAAAAAUUUGGUAGGGUCAAUCAUGGUAUAAUAAUUCAACAAAAUUGUAAUUUUAUUAGUUAUUACCAUUUUUAACAAAUUUUAACAGCUUUUCAUUGUCAAGCUAGCUAUUUCGCUGAAAAUUUUUGAUACAACAAGUAUUCCUAAACACAACAAUCAGAGCUAAUCAAUAAAUCUCUCAAAAUCGUCCAUUCUAUCAAGCAUUUAUCCCUUAUUUUAUUAAACUAUUGAACCAUUGUU